GCAUUUUCUUUAUCUUUACAGAAGACAUGAGAAGAAGCAUCUGUGUGUACCAUGUGACCACACUUUCUCUGAUGAUCUUAACUUUGACACAAGUUACCUUUUCAGCACUUAUCAAAUCACGCAAUCUUUCUACCUGGCCUAAGCCCCCAUGCAAAAUGUAUUAUCCAAUAGAUCCUGGAUAUGAAGCAAACUGUCCAGAUGUGGUAGCAUUUGUUUGCGCUACAAAUGGCUUAACAUACAAGAAUGAGUGCUUCUUUUGUAUUGAUCGGUGGAGCUUGGCCCAGAGAGAUGAUAUAAGCAAAGGGCUCAAGACUAUAAUGGGAAACCCACAGAAACAGCUGACCCGCGCUAGUGGGAGCUCGCAGACUCUGGACUGGAAGCUGGAGGAACCUGCAUAG